GUGACACAGUUAUACUCACACAGUCUGUAUUUGGAUGUGAUGAUUGGAUGGUCAGCUUAUAUAUCAGUUACACUCGACUGGACACUGUGACAACAUUAAGCUUCAGAUAAAGUUACAGACAACCCAUCAUCCAGUGAACAAAUUCGCGUAAUAGUAGUCGGUUUUACAUGUGACGUGGUUUUAGAACAAAAACAUUUCCUCCCGGAACAACGUCGUAACACGUGUUUCAGAGGCCUGUUUGUGAGUUGUAAAAAUAUGGGUGAGAAAGACACAAACUCCGUUUCUUCGUCUGAUGCUUCAGAUACAGUGAAACUUAAGAAGGAACUUGGGCUUCACAAUGGAGUUGCGAUAAUUGUUGGAGUGAUAAUUGGGGGCGGUAUUUUCAUAUCGCCUAAAGGAGUGCUUCAGGAGGCUGGAUCAGUCGGCCUUUCCCUCCUCAUAUGGGUACUGUGCGGACUCAUAUCUCUUAUAGGGGCUAUGUGCUAUGCCGAACUUGGCACCAUGAUCUUGAAAUCAGGUGCUGACUAUGCUUAUAUUCGCGCGGCUUUUGGUAAUUUACCUGCUUUUUUAUACCUUUGGGUGGCGAUAGUAAUUAUUUUACCCACCGGUAAUGCCAUAACGGCAUUGACUUUUGCUGAAUACAUACUCGAACCAUUGUUUCCGUGUGAAUCGCCAAAAUAUGCCAUUCAACUAUUAGCUGCACUUUGUAUCACACUUCUUACAUUCAUCAACUGUGUAAACGUGAAAUGGGCAGCUCGAGUCCAAGAUAUCUUCACAGUUACGAAAAUUGCAGCUCUUAUUAUCAUUAUCAUCACAGGAAUGGUCUACCUUUAUACAGGUGACAGAGAAAGUUAUCAAGAACCAUUUAAGGGCUCUACCACUGAACCUGGGAACUUUGCUCUAGCUUUCUACUCUGGGCUUUUCUCAUAUGCAGGAUGGAACUACCUGAACUUUGUCACCGAGGAAAUCAAAGAUCCAUACAAAAAUUUACCACGAGCCAUUGGUAUCUCCUUGCCUUUAGUGACAAUCAUCUACGUCCUGGCCAACAUUGCCUACUUUGCAGUGCUCACACCUGUUGAAAUGCUGAAGUCGGACGCUAUAGCUGUGACAUUUGCUGAUCGAACCUUAGGAGUGAUGGCUUGGACAAUGCCCGUAUUUGUAGCUUGUUCAACAUUUGGAGGUCUCAAUGGGGCAAUCUUUACCUCAGCCAGGUUAUUUUUUGUCGGUGCUCGUCAAGGACAUUUGCCAGGUUUCUUAGCGACAAUAAACUACAAAUUCUUCACACCUCUUCCUUCUCUGGUGUUUGGGUGUAUAAUGUCACUCAUCAUGCUGUGUUGGAGUGACAUUUACGCAUUAAUAAACUACGCCAGUUUUGUGGAGUCCUCAUUUAUUGGAAUAAGCAUAGCAGGCAUGCUGUACAUGCGGUACAAAUACCCAGACUGGGAACGACCCAUCAAGGUACACAUAUUCUUCCCCUGUUUCUUCAUGGUGAUCUGCCUGUUUUUGUUUAUCAUGCCCCUGACGGCGAGUCCCAUGGAGUGUUUUAUGGGUCUGUUAAUGGUUGCUACAGGAAUUCCAGUGUACAUCUUAGGAGUCAUGUGGGAAAAGAAGCCAGAAGCCUUCAAAGUUUUGACGGAAAAAUUCACCAAAUUCACACAAAAGCUAUUUUUGUGUGUGAGGGAAGAGCUGAAGGAAGACUAAAGAUCUAGCUUGGCCAUGUGAUGACUCUGUACAACAAGGACUACAGCUAUACUGAUCAAAUACUGCAGACAGGAGACCGAUGUACAACACAGACUACAGCUAUACUGAUCAAAUACUACAGACUGGAGACCGAUGUACAACACGAACUACAGCUAUACUGAUCAAAUACUACAGACAGGAGACUGAUGUACAACACAGACUACAGCUAUACUGAUCAAAUACUACAGACUGGAGACCGAUGUACAACACA